CAAAUAUCUCAACCAUUUGCGCUUGAAGCUUUCUACAGCAUUUCGAACUAGGCGGAUGGCGUCUUCAAUUGGAAAAUUUGCAGCUCGUUUAGCUAGAUCGGCACCUAAGAAUGCUCAUGUUUAUGCCUCAAUCGGCUGCAAUAGUUUGCAAAAGAGUCAAUUUUCAACGGAGAGACGAAUCAAGGUCAAAAAUCCCGUUGUCGAUUUAGAUGGAGAUGAAAUGACAAGAAUAAUAUGGGAGAAAAUAAAAGAGCAAUUAAUUUUCCCUUACCUUGACGUAGACGUUAAAUAUUAUGAUUUAGGUCUACCAUACAGAGAUCAAACUAAUGAUCAGGUCACUAUUGAUGCUGCUCAUGCUAUACAAAAGUAUAACGUUGGUAUAAAGUGCGCUACAAUUACCCCGGAUGAGCAAAGAGUGGAAGAGUUUAAAUUGAAGAAAAUGUGGCUCUCUCCAAAUGGUACCAUCCGAAAUAUUCUUGGUGGAACCGUUUUCAGAGAGCCCAUUAUUUGCAAAUCUAUACCUCGACUUGUGCCUGGAUGGACUUCGGCAAUUACAAUUGGGCGUCACGCAUUUGGAGAUCAAUAUAAGGCAACAGACUUAGUUAUUACACAACCUGGAAAGUUUGAACUUGUCUUUACUCCGUCAUCUGGAGGCAAAGAGGAGAGAUACGAAGUAUUCAACUUCAGAGAUGGAGGUGGUGUUGGUAUGGGAAUGUACAACACUGACGAAUCUAUUAGAGGAUUCGCCAACUCCUGUUUUCAGUAUGCAUUGAAGAAAAAAUGGCCCCUCUACCUUUCAACUAAAAACACUAUACUUAAACGCUACGAUGGCCGUUUCAAAGACAUAUUUCAAGAAAUCUUUGAAAAACAAUACGAAAACGAUUUCAAUUCCGCAGGAAUCUGGUAUGAACAUCGAUUGAUUGAUGAUAUGGUAGCUCAAGCUUUGAAAUCUCAAGGUGAAUUCGUUUGGGCUUGCAAAAACUACGAUGGCGAUGUCCAAAGUGAUAUCGUUGCCCAAGGAUAUGGAAGUCUUGGUCUGAUGACCUCUGUUCUCAUGUGCCCGGAUGGUAAGACCAUUGAGAGCGAAGCUGCUCAUGGAACUGUAACCAGACAUUAUAGAGAACACCAAAAAGGUAAUCCGACUAGUACUAAUCCUGUUGCCUCUAUUUUUGCUUGGACAAGAGGCUUGGAGCACAGAGCAAAUUUGGAUAGUAAUCCCGAAUUAGCCAGAUUCUGUCAGGCAUUAGAAAAAGCAUGUGUCGAUACAAUCGACAGUGGAAAAAUGACGAAGGAUCUUGCUGGGUGCAUUUAUGGAAUUAAAAACGUUAAACCGGAUCAGUACUUGUACACUUUGGAUUUUCUUGAAGCAAUUAAAGAGACUCUAUCUCAACAAAAUUAG